CACAAGCGACCGAGGAUUAUAGUUAUCUCUCUCUCUUUGCGAUUCUGGCAAAGCCUACUCGUCGGCGGUCGCAUUGUGAAUCAUGCUCUCACUCACAUCAUGCUGCAACGACUUGAAGGUAUGACAAAAAUGGAGUUCAUGGGAUUGGGUGGUAUGGGCAAAAUUUACGAAGAGGAUUCCAGAAAGUUUAUGAUAAGUCUUGGAAACAAUAUGUCAAACCCUGUAUUCCUCAAGGUUCCAACUGGUGCUGUAUUGACAGUAGAAUUGGUACAUUCUGAUGGGGAUGUUUGGCUACAAAAUGGUUGGAAAGAAUUCAAAGACUACUAUUCCAUAGAUUAUGGACACAUGUUGGUAUUUACUUACGAUGGAAAUUUCCAUUUUUAUGUUCAUAUAUUUGAUACGAGUACAUCAGAGAUAGAAUACCCAAGUAGUACUGAUGCUCAUGUUGAACAUACCACCAACAUGGGAUGUGAAAUGCCCAAUAUAGAUGCUAUUCAUGAUGCUGGUGAUUCUAUCGAAAUCUUGAAUCAUUUUCCAACAUGCUAGGCAAUGGAGAAAAUUAAUGGGGUGAAGUCUCGUAAGUCAAAUGAAGAUGGUGAUUCCAACUCUUCGAAAAGAGAAAUUAAUACUUUUGUUAUAUUGUUAAUUUCUUUAGAGUAAACCAACUAAGAAAUUAAUACUUUUGUAAGACAAUUUGUAAGGUUCAAAGGAAAACAAUCCAAAUACAACUCUCAUGAUCAAUUUAUGUAAAUAUAUAUGUUUGACUUAUCUUCAUCUUUUUAUAGAUAAUUUCGUUCAUAAUUUAUAGGAAGCAUCUCAAUAAAUUUGUAAGACAAUUUCUAAGGAAAAUAAUCCAAAUACAACUCUCAAGUGAUCCAUUUAUGAAAAUACAUAUAUUCUAUUUAUCCUUAUAUUUUUAUAGAUAAUGUCGUUAAUAGUUUAUAGAAAAUAUUUCACAAUUUGAAAUCUUUAAUCAUUGAAAAUGCUUGUAAAUAUUUAAUUAAAUUUUGAAAAUUUUCAAAAGUGAAAUGACAUGCUUAAAUUUUUAAGCUAAUGGUCUCCAAUGACAUUGAGUAGUGUCGGAAAAAGUAAGUUGUGUUUAUUUUUUAUUGUAAGUUGUGUUUAUUUUUUAUUGUCUGUUUCAUUUCUUAUUGCUGUUAAUAGAGAGGUUGAUUGUGUUUAUUUUUUAUUCUCUUUCAUUUCUUAUUUAAGCAAAGUUUAGGUCACUUUGAUCUCUCUGUUAAUAGAGAGAUGACGAUAACGGAUUGAUUGCAAUUUUUUUUGAUAGUUUUAGAGGGUGUGUUGCAAAAGCUUAAAAGUAUAUGGAUUUUUUGCAAUUAGCUGCCUAUGAAGUAUUUAGUUGGCCUUGGUUAUGCUACAAUAUAUAUCACAACUGAUGAUGGAACAUGCUAUAAAAUAUUCUGAUUUUAUGCCAUCAUAAGCUAUUAUUAGUAAAUAGUUAAUUCUAAGUAUUAAUAUCAAGUUUUUAAAUAUUUUAUUUCCGUGGAUCUUUAUAAUUUAGGUAAGACAAAAAUUUCAAUGACAAAAAUGGAGUUCAUUGGAUUGGGCGGUAUGGGCAAAAUUUAUGAAGGUA